AUGGAUCCAUCAGAUCCAGAUUUCAAAUAUUUGGGUGUAGAUCGAAAAGCUUUAUUAAAAGAAUUGGCUAAUUUUGAUAGCAAAAAUGUGAUAUGGGUUGAAGAUGAAAAAGAAGGUUAUAUAUUAGCUGAUAUUAAAGAUACAACUGGUGAUACAAUUACAGUAGCACUUAAAGAUGGAAGCGAAAAGAAAGUUAAAAAAGAUGAUGCACAACAAGUUAAUCCACCGAAAUUCUUUUUAAUUGAAGAUAUGGCUAAUUUGACACAUUUAAAUGAUGCUUCUGUUUUGGAGAAUUUACGUGCACGUUAUUACAGACAAUUGAUCUAUACUUAUUCAGGAUUAUUUUGUGUAGCAGUUAAUCCUUAUAAACGUUUUCCAAUUUAUACGGAACAAGUUGCAUUAAAAUAUAAAGGAAAAAGACGUGGUGAAAUGCCACCACAUAUUUUUUCAAUAUCUGAUAAUGCUUAUCAUAAUAUGUUACAAGAUCGUGAAAAUCAAUCCAUUCUGAUUACAGGUGAAAGUGGUGCCGGAAAAACAGAAAAUACAAAGAAAGUUAUUUCAUAUUUUGCUGUUGUUGCAGCAGCUUCAAAGAAAGAGGAUGAUGAUGCUAGUAAAAAGGGAACACUUGAAGAUCAAAUUGUUCAAGCUAAUCCAGUUCUAGAAGCAUAUGGUAAUGCAAAGACUACAAGAAAUAAUAAUUCAUCUAGAUUUGGAAAAUUCAUUCGUAUUCACUUUGGUACAACUGGUAAAAUCGCUGGAGCUGAUAUUGAACAUUAUUUGCUUGAGAAAUCUCGUGUAGUUUCACAAAUGAAAGGAGAACGUAAUUAUCAUAUUUUCUAUCAAUUAUUAUCAACUUAUGGUUCAAAAUAUCACGACAAAUUAUUAGUUCAAACUGAUCCUGCUUUAUACAGUUUCAUUAAUCAAGGAGAGUUAACUAUUGAUGGUGUAGAUGAUAGUGAAGAAAUGAAAUUGUGCGAUGAAGCUUUUGACGUUCUUGGAUUUAAUGAUGAUGAAAAAUUGUCAUUAUUCAAAUGUACUACAUCAAUUUGUAAUAUGGGUGAAAUGAAAUUUAAGCAAAGACCAAGAGAAGAACAAGCUGAAGCUGAUGGAACUGCUGAAGCAGAAAAAGUUGCAUUUCUUUUAGGUGUUAAUGCAAAAGAUCUAUUAACUUCAUUUUUAAAACCAAAAGUUAAAGUUGGUACAGAAUUUGUAACCAAAGGUCAAAAUUUAAAUCAAGUUACAUAUGCAGUCAGCGCUUUAGCUAAAUCUCUGUAUAAUCGUAUGUUUGGUUGGUUAGUAGCUCGUGUCAAUAAAACUUUGGAUACAAAAGUUAAACGUCAAUUUUUCAUUGGUGUACUGGAUAUUGCAGGUUUUGAGAUUUUUACUGAAAAUGGUUUUGAACAAAUCUGUAUUAAUUACACGAAUGAACGUCUACAACAAUUCUUCAACCAUCAUAUGUUUGUCUUAGAACAAGAAGAAUAUAAACGUGAAAAGAUUCAAUGGACAUUUAUUGAUUUCGGUAUGGAUUUGCAAGCUUGUAUAGAUUUAAUUGAAAAGCCUAUGGGUAUCUUGUCCAUUCUAGAAGAAGAAUGUAUCGUUCCCAAAGCUUCGGACCAAACAUUCUUGUCGAAAUUAUAUGAUAAUCAUUUAGGUAAAAGCCCUAAUUUCACCAAACCGAAGCCACCGAAGCCAGGACAUGUAGAAGCUCACUUCGAAUUGCACCAUUAUGCUGGAUCUGUUCCGUACACAAUAACUGGGUGGUUGGAAAAGAAUAAAGAUCCACUUAAUGACAGUGUAGUUGCAUUAUUAGGUGGUAGUAAAGAUCCUUUAGUAUCCAAUCUAUUUACUCCAGUUGUCGGUGAACCUGGUAAAAAGACGAAAGGUGGCUCUUUCUUGACAGUGACCUACAUGCACAGGGAAUCGCUGAAUAAACUAAUGAAAAAUUUACAAAGUACCAGUCCUUCAUUUAUUCGUUGUAUUGUACCGAAUGAAUUCAAACAACCAGGUGUAAUUGAUGCUCAUUUGGUUUUGCAUCAGUUACAUUGUAAUGGUGUACUUGAAGGAAUUCGUAUUUGUCGUAAAGGUUUUCCAAAUCGUAUGAUUUAUUCUGAAUUCAAACAACGUUACUCAAUUUUGGCACCAAAUGUUAUACCUGAUGGAUUUGUUGAUGGUCGUCAAGUUACAGAGAAAUUAUUAGAAGCAACACAAUUAGAUAAAAAUUUAUAUCAAUGCGGUAAUACUAAAGUAUUUUUCAAAGCUGGUACAUUAGCUCAUUUAGAAGAUUUACGUGAUGAUAAAUUAAAUGGUAUAAUUAGUUUAUUCCAAGCAGAAAUUCGUGGUUAUUUAAUGAGAAAACAAUAUAAAAAAUUACAAGAUCAACGUGUUGCCUUAACAUUAAUGCAACGUAAUAUACGUAAAUAUUUAGUAUUACGUAAUUGGCCAUGGUGGAGAUUAUAUACUAAAGUGAAACCAAUGUUAAAUAUAGCACGUCAAGAAGAAGAAAUGAAAAAAGCCGCCGAAGAAUUAGCUAAAUUAAAAGAAGAAUUUGAAAAAUUAGAAAAAUUAAAAAAAGAAUUAGAAGAACAAAAUGUCACUGUAUUACAACAAAAAAAUGAUUUAUUUUUACAAUUACAAACUGAACAAGAUAGUUUAGCGGAUGCUGAAGAGAAAAUUUCUAAACUUGUAUUACAACGUGGUGAUAUGGAACAACGUAUUAAAGAAUUAGAAGAACGUUUAGCUGAUGAAGAAGAUCAAGCAGCAAAUUUAAAUGAAGUUAAAAAGAAAAUGUCUAGUGAAAUUGAAGAAUUAAAAAAAGAUGUAGAAGAUUUAGAAUCAUCAUUACAAAAAGCUGAACAAGAAAAACAAACAAAAGAUAAUCAAAUACGUACAUUACAAGCUGAAAUGGCACAACAAGAUGAAACUAUUGGAAAAUUAAAUAAAGAUAAAAAGAAUUUAGAAGAACAAAAUAAACGUACACAAGAAGCAUUACAAGCUGAAGAGGAUAAAGUGAAUCAUUUAAAUAAAUUAAAAGCAAAAUUAGAAUCAACAUUAGAUGAAAUGGAAGAAAAUCUAGCUCGUGAACAAAAGAUUCGUGGUGAUGUCGAAAAAUCCAAACGUAAAUUAGAAGGUGAUUUAAAAGCUACACAAGAAACUGUUGAUGAUUUGGAACGUGUCAAACGUGAUUUAGAAGAGCAAUUACGACGUAAAGAAGCUGAAAUUAGUGGUUUAAGUGGGAAAUUUGAAGAUGAACAAGGUUUAGUUGCACAAUUACAAAGAAAAAUUAAAGAACUUCAAACACGUAUACAAGAAUUAGAAGAAGAUUUAGAAGCGGAACGUGCAGCUCGUUCAAAAGCUGAGAAAAGUCGACAACAGCUUGAAAGUGAAUUAGAAGAAGUUGUAGAUCGUUUAGAAGAACAAGAUGGUGCUACAGCAGCACAAAGUGAUUUAACUAAAAAACGUGAAGCAGAACUAAUGAAACUAAAACGUGAUUUAGAAGAUACACGUUUACAAAAUGAACAAGCAAUAGCUACAAUGCGUAAAAAACAAAGUGAUGCUGUCAAUGAAUUAGCUGAUCAAUUAGAUCAAGCCAAUAAAGCUAAAGCAAAGGCUGAAAAAGAACGAAGUCAAUUCAAAGCUGAAUUAGAUGAUGCACAUAAUCAGGUGGAUAGUAUUAUGAAAGCUAAAUUGAAUUCUGAGAAAACAGUGAAGGCUCUAGAAUCUCAGUUACAAGAAGUUUCAGUGAAAUUAGAUGAAGCUACAAGAAAUUUGAAUGAGCAAGCUUCGACUAAAGCACGCAGCAGUCAAGAAGUUUCUGAAUUACAACGACAAUUAGAAGAAGCUGAGUCACAAUUAAGCCAAUUGAACAAAAUUAAACAACAACUCAGUGCACAACUUGAAGAAGCACGUCAUAGUUUGGAAGAUGAAAGUCGAAUGAAAGCUAAACUAAACGGUGAAGUACGUAAUUUAACUAGUGACUUAGAUUCAUUACGUGAAACAUUAGAAGAAGAACAAUCAGCUAAAGGUGAUUUACAACGUCAAUUACAAAAAUUACAAGGUGAAUUACAACAAUUACGUUCACGUGGUGGCGGUGGUGGAGAUGUACGUUCUGAAGAAGUUGAAGAAUUAAAACGUAAAAUGAAUGCUAAAAUACAAGAAUUAGAAUCAGAAGCUGAAUCAGCCAAAUCAAAAUGUGGACAAUUAGAAAAAACGAAAGCACGUUUACAAGGUGAAUUAGAAGAUUUAAUGGUUGAUGUUGAACGUGCUAAUGGUUUAGCUAGUCAAUUAGAACGUAAACAAAAUAAUUUCAAUCGUACAUUAGCUGAAUGGCAAAAGAAAUAUGCUGAUUCUCAAGCUGAAUUAGAAAAUGCUCAACGUGAUGCACGGGGUCAAUCAACUGAAAUCUUCAGAUUAAAAGCUCAAUUAGAAGAAGUACAUGAGCAAAUGGAAGGACUUCGUAGAGAAAAUAAGAAUUUGAGUGAUGAAAUUCAUGAUUUAACUGAACAGUUGGGUGAAGGUGGACGUUCAGUACAUGAAAUUGAUAAAAAUAGACGACGACUUGAAAUGGAAAAGGAGGAACUACAAGCUGCAUUAGAAGAAGCUGAAAGUGCAUUGGAACAAGAAGAAGCUAAGGUUCAACGUGCUCAACUUGAAAUGAGUCAAAUUCGUCAAGAAAUUGAUCGACGAUUAGCUGAAAAAGAAGAAGAAUUUGAAGCUACUCGUAAAAAUCAUCAACGAGCUAUGGAAUCACAACAAGCUAGUUUAGAAGCUGAAGCAAAGGGUAAAGCAGAAGCUAUGCGUGUAAAAAAGAAACUUGAACAAGAUAUUAACGAAUUAGAAGUUAGUUUAGAUGGUGCAAAUCGUGCUAGAGCUGAACAAGAGAAAAAUGUGAAAAAGUUCCAACAACAAGUACGUGAAUUACAAUCACAAUUAGAAGAUGAUCAACGUCAACGUGAUGAUUUACGUGAACAAUUUCAAGCUGCUGAACGUCGUGCAACUGUAUUAGCUGGUGAAUUAGAUGAAUUACGUAUAGCAUUAGAUCAAGCUGAACGUAGUCGUAAAAUAGCUGAAGCUGAACGUGCUGAAGCAUCAGAUCGAGCGACAGAAAUGUCUACACAAACUGCAUCAUUAGCUGCACAAAAACGUAAACUUGAAGCUGAUUUAGCUGCUAUGCAAGCCGAUUUAGAAGAAGCUGCCAAUGAAGCUAAACAAGCUGAUGAACGAGCUAAAAAAGCUAUGGCUGAUAGCGCACGUGUAUUUGAAGAAAUUCGUCAAGAACAAGAACAUACACAACAUGUUGAAAAAGCUAGAAAACAACUUGAAAUACAAGUAAAAGAACUAAUGGCUCGUUUAGAAGACAGUGAAUCAGGUGCUAUGAAAAAUGGUCGUAAGGCAAUGGGUAAAUUAGAACAACGUGUACGUGAAUUAGAAACAGAAUUGGAAGCAGAACAACGUAGACAUGGUGAAACUCAAAAGAAUUUAAGAAAAGUUGAUCGACGAAUGAAAGAAAUUAGUUUACAAGCUGAAGAAGACAAAAAGAGUCAUGAUCGUAUGCAAGAAUUAGUUGAGAAACUUCAAGGUAAAAUUAAAACAUACAAACGACAAGUUGAAGAAGCUGAAGAGAUUGCUGCUAUCAAUUUAGCUAAAUAUCGUAAAAUACAACAUGAAAUUGAAGAUGCUGAAGAACGUGCUGAUCAAGCAGAACAAGCAUUACAAAAACUUCGAGCUAAAAAUAGAUCAUCAGUAUCAACAGCACGUGGUGUAAGCGCUGCACCAGCUGGUGGACCUGGACAUGCAAAUCGUGCUCGUAAACCAACAGCCAGCUUAGCACCAGAAGAAGAGUAA